AUGGGCUUCAGCACUGGAAUCUGCGACUGUUGCGGCGACUUGGGUACCCUGUUGGAUGUUUUCUUUUGCUUCCCGUGCAACGUCAGCCGCCAGUGGAAUGCAGUACAUGGCGACUACGACUCGUGCUCUUGCUUGUACUGCUUGGCGACAGAUUGCUUUCCUUGUUUAUCGCUCUGCUGCCUUCGUCAGACCGUCUCUUCCAAGUUUGCUCUGGGCGAGGGGUUAUGUGAGGUGUGCUUGUGUUCGUGCUUCUGCGCGUUGUGUGCGGCUUGCCAGAUCCAUCGUGAGUUGACGAUGCGUGGUGCGCCGCCCGGUGGAUGCUGUUGUAAACCCAGUACUACCCCCAUGCGGUAA